AGAGCAGCAGGAGCAGAUCAGCUGUUCGAGUUUGGGUCCAGAUUAAAUAUUAAAGUGUUCCCGGUGUGUGUGUCCGUGUGUGUGUCCGUGAGUGUGCAGCAGAGUUACACGUUUCAUCUGCAGCUGGAGACAGAAACUGAAGAUGUUAGAACAACAUUAGCCAAACACCAGGAUUUCAUGUUUUUUAUUUUAUUUUAAAAUCACCUAUUGUGAUUGUAAACCGGAAGUUAAGUUUAGAUUUUUUUAUUAUAAAUCAUUUUGAGUGUAAAUGAAGGGCUCGCGCUCCCUCAUGUCGAGCCGGAGGAGGAGCAGCAGCAGCGGGGCGGCUGGGCUCCUGUACCCGCUGCUCGGUGCGUGUCUCUGGGCUGCGGUGGUCGGAUUCAAGCCGGUGAUCAUCGUCCACGGUUUGUUCGACAGCUCCGGGGAUUUUAAAAACCUGCAGCGGUUCAUCAACGAGUCUCACCCUGGAACAAACGUCACCGUCAUAGACCUGUUUGACAGAAGUGCCAGCCUGCAGCCCAUGUGGAAGCAGGUGGAGGGAUUCAAGGCAGCGAUUUAUCCACUCCUGCAAAACGCAGAAGACGGCGUCCAUUUCAUCUGCUACUCUCAAGGCGGGCUGGUUUGCAGAGGAAUCCUCUCGACUCUGCCCGACCACAACGUCCACUCCUUCAUCUCUCUGUCCUCGCCUCAGGCCGGGCAAUAUGGAGACACCGACUACUUAAGGUACCUCUUCCCUCAGUUUGUCAAGUCCAACCUCUUCCACCUCUGCUACACUGCUUUCGGUCAGAGAAUAUCCAUCUGCAACUACUGGAACGACCCCCACCACAGAGACAUGUACGUGAACAGCAGUGAUUAUCUGGCUCUGCUCAACAGUGAGAGAACCAAUCCAAACUCGACAGAGUGGAAGGAAAACUUCCUCAAGAUCACCAAGCUGGUGUUGAUCGGUGGACCAGACGAUGGCGUCAUCACUCCCUGGCAGUCGAGUCAGUUUGGAUUUUUCGACGACAAUGAGACCGUUGUGGAAAUGCAGCAGCAAGAUUUCUUCUUGAGGGAUGUUUUUGGUCUGAAGACGCUGUCGGCUCGCGGGGAUCUGAUGAUCUGUUCUGUUCCCGGCGUCGCACACACCCUUUGGCACUCGAACGAGACUGUGUUCCACCUGUGUAUGGAGAAGUGGCUGGUGUAGAUCCAAACUCCUACACACACACACACACACACACACACACAAAAAAAACACGCACAAAGAUCUUCACACUUUGCAGAUUUAUAAGCUUUUAACUUCCCACCUGUUUGAAACUCGGGAAUGGAAAUCAUUUUGUAGUAUCCUCGCAAACAUUUGUGAGUUUUAAGGUCAUUAACACACUUUGGAUACGCUUCACAGAGAUCUCCUCUCAAUCAAACAGUGCUAGGUUUGACUUUCCUCCUAUUUCUCUACUCGUUUUGAUCAAGUUUAUGUUUUAAAAGAUUAAUUUUGUUCAUCUUGUUGUCUAGGAGGUUACUUUAAAGUGAAUAGUUUGACAUUUUUCAUAAUUUUCCAAAAUUUCAAACUGUUUCUUUUAAACCGUCAAAUCCAACACAGAUAGGCUUUCAUAAACCUGGUAAGGGUUUAACUCUGAUUAUAGGGGAAAGCAUAUCCGACAUUAAAGGAGCAUUCCGUGAAUUUGAGUCUGCAUUUUCAUGAAGUUUGCAAGAAACAGAUUUAAAAAGAGAAGAGUUAGUGAGAGUUAAAAGGCCAUCUAUUUUACCUGUCUAAUGCUUCUCUCUUCUUUUUAAUUCUUUACACUCCUCUUGUUUUUUUUAUGUUAUUUGAUUGUUUUUGUUUUUACGUGAGCACCAAUGUGACAAAGUGAAUGUCUUUCAAGAGAGACUUUCUGAAAACCUUUUUUCAAACAAUACCUAACAAUUGGUGGAGUUCCCUUUUUAAGUAAUUUAUAUAAAAUAAGGGGAGUCUAUUACUAUCAGAUACUGAGCCCUCAUACAUACAGUAUACCCAUGUGUGUGUUUCCUCACACAUACCUCAGAAACACCCCCCCAACAGUGCCUGAGCGACGUUCUGUCACCCACAUGUACAGACUCACUUUCCCGCUCAUCCUUUGUUGCAGUAAUUUUUUUUUAAUCCUUCCAUUUUUAAUCCUAUUUAUUAGUGUGUAUAUCUUGCUCUCUUUAUCAUGCAGUGCUUCGGAGCUGUACUCUAUCGUGUUCUUAGAUCGAAGCCUUAAUAUUUCCCCCUCAUGCCUCAGUGUUUAAUGUCCAUUACCGAAGUGCUACGACCCACUGCCUCUCGUGUCGGUGUUAAAAGUAAUUAUCUGAGACGUAGAGUGGCUGGAGAGGAGCAGUGGUGUGUCAGUGUUUACUAUUGUACGUGACGCUCUUUACCUCCCAUCGCGUUUAGAUAUCUCAGGCGUUUGAGCAACCAUGUUUGUUUGUCUCUGUUAGAAAAAGGGAUUUUUUUCUUGUGACUUUGCAUUUUGUUGGAUGUUAUAUUUGCUGCCUGUUGAAUUUACAGUUAUUUGUCAAAGAAGAAGAAACUGAAAUAACUUAUGUGGUCUUUAGAUGAAAAGAAAAAAGAAGAAGUGAACUACUGUUGCACAAUGUUCAGCCAGAUGAAGACAAGGGAAAUGAUAAAGAGGGAUUUGAAGUUGCUAAAUUUGAUGUAUUGCUUUAAACGUUGACUGAUGCUUGUUAAAAAUGAAUUGACCCUCAGCGAUUGCAUGUGGAUAAAGGAUUUAAGGGACGUCCUCUCAGCUCAGUUUUCUUGCAGGUAUUAAAUGUGGGUAUAACAACUUUUUAAAAACUCAAACAGAAAUAGCUAUUUUGACAUUAUCCCACAGUUUCUACAGUAUUUGAUCUGCGAAUGAAAAUGUGUCCAAUUUUGUCAAGUCCUCAAUAAAAGGCUGUUUUUGAA